GAAUAUAUCUGUGUGCUGUUUUUUUCUGAUCCCUUGACAAAACAAGGCGCUGCUGAUAUUGGGUCAGAGCGACGCAGCUGGCUAUAGCGAUCAAUCAGUUAAUCGAUCGAUGUGAUUGGUUGGCGCGGCUGUACGUCAAGCGGUUUACGCGUGGCUGUGAGGACAGAGAAGAGAGGAGAGAGGAGGGAGGAGGAGGGUCUUUCAGUGAGGCUUUUUAUUUAUUUCUUUGUUUCGAGUGCGGGGAAGAAAAAAAAAUAACAAUAAUAGGAGCGGUAGCUAGCUAGCUAACCCUAGCUAGCUGUAUUCACAUUAGAGGGACUUCAAUGUUGUUCCGCUGGAGCGAAGCGACAAACUGGACCUUAUUCCGCUAGGUAUUGCAACGCCGAAGAGAAGGGAAGGAGGAUGAAGCGGCGCAAUGCGGACUGCAGCAAACUCCGGCGGCCGUUAAAACGGAACCGAAUCACCGAGGGCAUAUACGGCAGCACCUUCCUGUACCUGAAGUUCCUGGUGGUUUGGGCGCUGGUGCUGUUGGCCGACUUUGUGCUGGAGUUCCGGUUUGAGUACCUCUGGCCCUUUUGGCUGUUCAUCCGGAGCGUGUACGACUCCUUCAGAUAUCAGGGCCUGGCUUUCUCAGUGUUCUUUGUGUGUGUGGCGUUUACAUCCGACAUCAUCUGCCUGCUCUUCAUCCCUGUGCAGUGGCUGUUUUUUGCCGCCAGCACAUACGUGUGGGUGCAGUAUGUCUGGCACACAGAAAGAGGGGUCUGCCUCCCCACCGUGUCUCUGUGGAUCCUCUUUGUUUAUAUCGAGGCGGCGAUACGAUUCAAAGAUCUAAAGGACUUCCAUGUGGAUCUGUGUCGUCCCUUCGCUGCACACUGUAUCGGAUACCCGGUGGUGACGCUGGGAUUCGGCUUUAAGAGCUACGUGAGCUACAAGAUGCGUCUGCGCAAGCAGAAGGAGGUGCAAAAGGAGAACGAGUUCUACAUGCAGCUCCUCCAGCAGGCCCUGCCGCCAGAACAGCAAAUGCUGCAGAAACAAGAGCGAGAGGCGGAAGAGGCAGCGAAAAGUGCACAGGACGCCGAAUCAGCCCCUGCAACUCAGAACGGCUCUGCCGGUGGCAAGAAGCCUGCAUCGAAUACUUUACCCGAACUGGAGUAUCGCGAGAAAGAGCGAGGCAAGGCCGAGUCUAAAAAACAACACAAUCAGAACCAGAACCAUCACAGCAGCAUCCUGCCUGUAGUGGACUAUAAUAAAGCACAGGAGCUGGAGUACAUGGAGAAUAAUGUGAACAGCAAGAGACUGAGCAGCUCUGAGCUGCUGGGCAGCACCGAGAACCUGCUUCUGAAGGAGGACAACUCUUCAUCGUCAUGCUCGUCCUCUUCCUCGAAUUCCACCUACUCGAAAAAUCACAAAAACACCAGCACUGGGGGUGGUGGUAACUCGUCGCCUCGCGGCCACGGGACUGCAAAUGGCAGCGUGCCCUCCUCGACAGGACCUUCUUCAUCCUCGGGGAAGGGCGAGAAGAAGCAGAAGUGUGGAGGCAAAGGCGGGCAUAGAGAUCCAACAGAUAACUGCAUCCCCAAUAACCAGCUCGGCAAGCCUGAGGCCCUGGUCAGGCUGGAGCAGGACGUGAAGAAGCUAAAAGCCGAGCUGCAGGCAAGCAGGCAGACAGAGCAAGAGCUGCGCAGCCAGCUGGGCUCUCUGGGCACGUCAGAACGCAGCGUACGCUCUGAACUCAGCCAGCUCCGUCAGGACAACGAGCUGCUGCAGAACAAGCUCCAUAAUGCAGUGCAGGCAAAACAAAAGGAUAAGCAGACGCUGGGGCAGCUGGAGAAGCGUCUGAAGGUGGAGCAAGAGGCACGAGCGGCUGCAGAGAGGCAGCUGGCAGAGGAGAAAAAGCGUAAGAAGCUGGAAGAAGCCAGAGCUGCUGCCCUCGCAGCUGCAUCCAGGGGUGAAUGUACAGAGUCUCUAAGGAGGAGGAUCUCCGAGCUGGAGACGGAGUGUAAGAAACUCACACUGGACAUUAAAGUCAAAGAGGACUUGAUCUGUGAGCUCGAGCUCAAAGUCCAGGAGCUUCAUAAAUAUAAAGAGAACGAGAAGGACACGGAGGUGUUGAUGUCUGCGCUCUCAGCCAUGCAGGAUAAGACCCAGCAUUUGGAGAACAGCUUGAGUGCAGAGACCAGAAUCAAGUUGGACCUUUUCUCUGCACUCGGAGACGCCAAACGACAGCUGGAGAUCGCACAAGGUCAGAUCCUGCAGAAAGAUCAGGAGAUAAAAGAUCUGAAGCAGAAGAUUGCUGAGGUGAUGGCAGUCAUGCCCAGCAUUGGUUACUCAACGGAUACCAGCAACAUGAACCCAGUGACCCCUCACUACUCCUCCAAGUUUAUGGACACUAGUCCAUCUGGCCUGGACCCCAAUGCAUCUGUCUAUCAGCCCCUGAAAAAAUGAAUGCCUGCACCAGCUCACCAUACAAUCCAUCCAUCCAUUCAUCUCGCUUUCCCUCUCUUUUCCUUUCUCUUUUUCUCUCCUUCUCGUGCUUUUUAUCUUUAUUUCAGUUUUCUAUUUUGUUUUGUUUUUUUUCUUCACAGGUCCAGACCUGGCCCCUUAGGAAUGUUUGGGGAUUUUCUCUCUCUCUCUCUCUCUCUCUCUCUCUCUCUCUCUCUCUCUCUCUCUCUCUCUCUCGCUCUCUCUCUCUCUCUAUCUCUCUCUCAAUUUUUUUCUUGUUGUUUUUCUUCUACUACUAUUUCUCACCUGGUCAGAAGGAUGUCGUAUUGUGUGACUGUAUUUGUUGUAGUAAAAAAAAAAAAAAGAGACAAAAAAAAACUUUUAAGAGACAUCACCCGCUGAGUAGGAAUCUGCUGUUGUUGGAAUAUCUUUUUUUUUUUUCUUGUAAUUGUCUAGAAACCUCACAGACGUUGGUGUGCAUUUUGGGUUGUUUUCUUUUUCCAUCUUUAGUGCAAAGAAAAAAAAAUAAGGCUCUCACUUUAUUUUUCCUGUACAUUAUUAUCAGCCUUGAAUUAUUUUUUUUUUUAAGGAGGGGACAAGUUUUCAGAUUUACAACUCUUUGGAAUUUUAUUUUUGGAUAAAAGUAUAAUUCACUAAAUCACUGCCCAUUUACUAUGCUAAAAGCAUCUGGUCAAAUUAGAACAUGUGGACAAAGUGAUAGAACUCAUUCAAUUUUCAAUAAACUCCUGACCGCCAGAUACCCCAGUGCCUUUAGACAGGACCACGUCGGUGAAUCUGAAAGAUUUUGUCCCCUGCUAAACUCGGAUCCCUGUUUUUACGACCGUUUCCUUAUCUGAUCUGGAGCCAUCGCCCCCCACAGCACCAUCUCUCCAACUUUGAAUUCGGAUUCGGCCUUAAAAUCUUGUUUACACCUGUUUAUUUGGCCUGUGUUGCACUGUCAAUUGAAACAAUGUGUAAAGAGUAGUGUAGAAGGGGGAUAUAUAUAAAAAAAAAAAAUCAUUGCGUAUAUAAUGUGCAGCAUACACAGCAAGCCUGAGCAUGUUCCAGAUUAUUCCGGAUGAUUCCACUAGCCAGGCAGGUGUGUAUCUGUUCCAAUUAAAAUUUAGUCCAGUGCCAAGUAGCUAGGACUGUGAUUUUGUUCUACAGUGAUGUGCUGCACUACUGAAGCAGCGAACCGAACCGUCGAGUGUAUUUUCUAGUUCAGUGUCUUGGUAGCGGAGAGCCGUUUUGGUGUUGCCACAUGGUGGCGCUAUUGUGCAUAGGAAAGUAUUUGGUUUUCAGUAUUGCAGAGUUCACUCCCUGCUCUUAAUGACGUGAGUGUUGAAAGCCAGCCUGCUGUCUUUCUCAAGACCCUUCGAUUGACUUUUUGGUUUGCUUAGGGGUUGCCUUGUUUUGUUUUGUUUUUGGAUUUAAAAUAAUGCACUUACUGAAGGAUUUUAUUUCUGGGAUAAUCGCAACAUCAGUACCUGAACUACAGAUGGAGCCCUUGUCCAGCUGUGAUGAAAUGAUAACAUGACAAGUGUGGUUUAACGUAUUUUGAAAGGCGUCUUGGGAAAGAAAAGGCUUCUGAUUUUUUGAAUUUUGAAAGGAAGGAGAAAAAAGAAAAAGAAAAAAAAGCCCGUUGUUGGUAUUGCUCUUUCAGUACUAAGAUCGGGAUGUCCCCGGUGAGUCCUCUGUGGUGUUCUAGUAAUCAGCGAUGGUUGUCAUUGGUGAUUUUGUUUUUGAGUGUGCGUUUGUGUUUAAAUUAUGGACAGUUUGUCCCUGAAGUGUUCUCGGAUCGUUAACGUCCGCCGACGAUCGAUGUUAACUGGUCUGCAGACGCGAAAAAAAAAAAUCUCAAGUGAAAAGAAGAAAGCACUUGUUUGAGUUCUUUGCCCGAUGUCAUCCCUCCCUUCUUCUUUUUCUUUCUUUCUAUCUUUCUUCAGACCGUACUGUGGCUGCAUUCUCACUCUGUGAGGUUUUCAAGGAAUAAAAGUUUUUUUUCCUGGCA